UGCACGUGCCUAAUCUGCAAGUAAAGCUUCUUCUCUGUAUCACAAGAAAACUCAGAUCGUAGCAAUGUGGAGCGGUGAUGGAACAGUUGAGAUCAAUGGCUUUCGUGUUUACUAUUCAGAGGUAGAGUGUGUGAGGAGAAUCUUUGAAAGACACCCAGAAACGGCAUCAGAUCUUCGUCCAAAGAACCAGUUGGUGAAGACUGCGUACUUGAACAACCUCCUUGACCUCAUAGACAUAGCUUCCUUAGCUCCUCAGGAGCUCACAGAGGAGGAACUAAGAGAUGCUGAGAACACGUUUAUGGAUCUGGAAGGGGUAGGUUUCGAGUUGGAUUGGUUGAAGAAGAAGCUGGAAGAGCUUUGCGUGAAGAAGAAGAAAAUGGAAUCACGUGGUGCUCGCAUGAGGGAACUCGAUAGAAUGAUUGUGGAACAGAGACAAGUGUUGCUUGCGCUUGAAGUCGAACUGAAGAAUGAAGAGAAGGAGGCUGUUUCCGACAGUGCUCGACUUGGUUUCGAGGAUGUUGUUUGAAUGGAACUCACUAAUAAAGAAGCCUAAAUGUUUUUUUGAGGUUUCCUCUUUACGUGCUUGAGAACAUGUGUCGUUGUCUUAACUACAAGAAUCGUUUGAAUAAAAGAAAUAUAUUUUAUGCGCAAAUAGCAAAUUAAAGAGAUGAAGUGAAAAAGAAGAAUGAUUAUUUGAUAAGUCUAUGUUCUCUGUUUUCAAGAACAGAGCAUCCACAUUAGGGUUUCUUUAUUUCACAUGUGUGUUUCUUGAUGGAAAAGGUAAACAAUAUAUAAUGGAUGUCCUACUCAGCCUAACUGAGAUUUUGCGCAAGUUCCACAAGAAAUCUCAAAGAUGAUCUGUUUGACGCAGAUGUUGCACUGGAAUCAAUUAGAACCAACAAAAGUGAUCACUGCUAACGUUAGAUGAUAUUUUCUGAUGUCACAGUUAGGUGUUUUGGUCUGUUUGCUUGACUCUAGGUGGAUAUAAACCAACAAAAGUGAUCACAUGUGUUUUUCUUGAAGGAGGCUUAGAAUUUUGAAAAGCAAACAAUUCCAAUGGAAAAGCUAUGCAUCAUUUUAAAGAUUUGAGUCUUUGUCUCAUUCAAACGGCUACUCGAGAAUGAUUCUUUCAAUUAUCAGUGCAAUGACAUAAGCUAUCAAGAUUUUGCUUAUCUUUGGUGAAGAGAGCCUUGGUGAAAAGCUAUUAAGACCAUCUGAAGCAAGCAUAUCAUGACAUCAUCAACGUUGGAUAUCUGA